CAGGCUGUUGCACCGCAUUGGCCGGAGUCUGACAUGAGCCUAUUGUGCGCAUGCUAAUGUCCCGCUAUCACAUCGCGCAGUCGGCCUCAGCGCACACACAGUCCCGGCGGGAUGUAUAAGUAGCGACAGGAGCAGCGACAUGACGCAGACGAUCGCCGGCACUUUUGCUCAGUGAGGAGACACAGGGGAGCUUUGCAAUGAGUUGUCUGGAUCUUAUGUACCAUCACCAAGUGUAUGGCAUGCGCCAAUAUGUGCCCAGCCCCCCGGCACCUUGUACCUCUGCCUAUUACCAUCAUCAUCAUCAUCACAGCCAACAGAAGAGAAUAGCUGCCUACAACAAGAUGCAAGAAGCAUUAGAAAUGGCUCACCCUACAAAACAGGAGGAAGAGGAGAAGGAGCAGCCUGCGGAGAUGGAGUAUUUGAAUUCUCGCUGUGUCCUAUUAACAUACUUUCAGGGAGACAUUGGGGCAGUGGUGGAUGAACAUUUCUCCAGGGCUCUAAGCCAAAUAAGCUCCUUCAAUCCUGAAAAUACAACGUCAAAGAGCAAACUAAACACCAAUUCUCUAUGGAAGGAAAGCCCAUCAGCAUCAUGCCAAAGGAACAGUUUUCCAUCAUCACUAUGGGCGAACUCUUAUCAGGCAACUACUCCACCAUGUUUGAGUGGGGUUCAUCCAGACUUUUCAACAGCCCCUAGUACCUUCUCAAGCACGGACCAUACCAGCUGGCGUGGGGAAACUUUACAUCAGACCAUACCCCCUCCUCCACCAGCUUCUUCAGAAUCCUGGCAUUAUCCAUUGGCUUCACAGGCAAGCUCUCCAUAUACACACAUGCAUGAUGUGUACAUGUAUCACCACCAUGGCCAUCCACACGCCCACCAUCAUCAUCAUCUCCCAGCUUCACACCUAGACCCAAGAUAUGGACAUCUGUUAAUGCCGCCAGUAAGGGCCUCAAGGAUUUCUGCUCCCCAGUGUGAUAUUACAAAAACUGAUGCCUCUCCUGCCAACACUGCUACCUCGGCAUGGAAUGGAGCAUUGCAUAGUACAGUGGAUAUUGUUCCAAGUUUUGGCUUUGAGACAGGUAUUCAACAUCAGGAUAAAGGCAAGGACUCUCUAUGGUUCUGACAAAAUAUAGAAGUCGGCAUUUUAAAGUGCUGCAAAUGCAAUGAUCUAAUAGAAAAUGGACUAUAAAAUUAUUUUUUUAAAAGAAAGAAGAGAAAAUAUAUAGAAUGAAGACUGCCAGUUUUUGUGCAUUAGGCAUUUUCUGCAGAUAAUAUUUAUGCAUAUUGAUAUGUUAUUUCCCUGAGCCUAUUGGCAAAAUGCAGCCAUUUUUCUUUUGCUGUUCUUCAACCCCAUGAAACUUCUCCUUCCCGCCUUCUACCAAGACUGUGAAGUUGCCUUGUGGAACCAGUGUACCCCCACCGAUUUUUAUAAAAAAAACAUUUUUGUGUUGCUAAAAAUAAAGGACUGAAUUAGAGGGACAUAUUUUUUAUAAUGAAAAAAAAAUUUGAAGACAAAUAAAAGGCGAGGUUCUGUUUAAAGAACUGUUUCUCAACAAAAGCACUGGCAAAAACCAAAAAAUUUGUAGAAGAAAAAUGAAUAUUUUCUGAUGUCUGUGAAGUGAUUUGUGUCCUACAUAGUCUUAUUUUUAUAUUGAUACCUCAGUAGUGUUCUCAGAGAGAAGUGCCUGCCGUAUUUUUCAUAAACUAAUGUUUAUUUUAUUUUAGGUGGUAAGUCAACAAACCAACCAUAGAGAUGCUUUAAGACAAUCACUUCUUACUCCUUACAGAGUUUAGGCGUGGUCUCCAGGUUAAGACCAAAUGUGAACUUGUUUGUAAGCAAUUUCAGGAACUUUGAAACAGUAAUAAAAUCU